GUAGCUCAGUCUAGUUCUGUUUUCGUUGGCGAACGGUCAUGUGUCCGGUUACUACGAUUUUGUUGGGGCUUGUUGGGCUGCUGGCACUGGUAUACGUAUUCUUAACAUGGAACUUCAACUAUUGGAAAAAGCGUGGAAUACCAAGUGCCAAGGCAUGGCCUUUCGUGGGCAGUUUCCCCAGUGUGUUCACCCAGAAACGGAACAGGGUCUACGACAUUGACGAUAUCUACAAUGAGUACAAGGACUCGCACAGCAUUGUUGGAGUGUUCAAUACUCGUCUUCCACAACUUUUGGUAACAACUCCAGAGUAUGCGCACAAAAUAUAUGCCUCGGACUUUCGCAGUUUCCAUGAUAAUGAACUGGGUUUGUUUACUGACAAAAAGGUGGACAAAAUCUUGGCCAACAACCCAGCUGUACUCAGGGGAGAUGAAUGGAAGGAGAGGCGAGCCGAAGUAACGCCAGGACUUUCAGCAAACCGGGUCAAAGCCGUCUAUCCUGUGUCCCAAGAUGUGUGCAAGAAGUUUGUCGACUAUAUCAAAAAACAAAUCAAAAUGGCUCCGGCUGAUGGAAUAAACGCCAAGGAUCUGUGCCUGUGCUACACCACCGAAGUGGUUUCGGACUGUGUCCUUGGAAUUUCGGCCCAGAGCUUCACGGAUAACCCCACACCGCUGGUUGGAAUGAUCAAGAGGGUUUUUGAGGGGUCAUUUGCCUUCAUAUACUUCAAUGUAGUGGCCAAUCUGUGGCCUCCAAUCAGAAAACUGUACAGCGUACCAUUAUUUUCCAAAGAUGUGGAGAACUUUUUUUUCGACAUCAUGAAGAAGUGCAUCCAGUUGAGGAAAGAGAAUCCAGUUCAGCAACGAGACGACUUCCUUAAUUACAUGUUGACCCUUCAAGAGAAAAAAGGUCUAGAUACAGUGGAGUUGACCUCGCAUACGAUGACUUUCCUCACCGACGGAUUCGAGACAACGGCUGGAACUCUGGCUCACAUCCUUUUGUUGCUGGCACGGAAUCCCGAGACUAUUCGAAAGUUAAGGGAAGAGGUAGGCACCAAGGAACUGAACUUCGAGGAGCUGAGUGAACUGCCCUACAUUGAAGCCUGCAUUCAUGAAACACUACGAAUUUUCCCACCUGCUUUGUAUGCACGGAAACUCGUAUCUGAGACGUAUGAAUUUGUUAACAAAAAUGGUGUCAGAGUUAAAGUUUACCCCGGUGAUGUCGUCCUAGUUCCAGUAAACUCCCUUCAAAAGGAUCCCCAGUACUAUGAAGAUCCGGAAGAAUUCAAACCAGAACGAUUCUUGGAGUCCAAUGGUGGAGCCAAAAAGUACAGAGAUCAAGGAGUUUACUUUGGAUUUGGUGAUGGGCCCCGCAUCUGCCCAGGUAUGAAAUUCUCAAUCACACAACUCAAGGCGGCUCUGGUGGAAAUAGUCCGUAACUUUGACUUUAAAGUUAACCCAAGAACUCGCACGGAUAAUCGAUUUGAUGACACAUUCUUUAUGGCCGCUUUAAAAGGAGGCAUUUGGCUAGACUUUAAGGAACUGAAAUAA